UCCCGAUAAAGGGAAACCAAUGUAUUCGCGCCAAUGAAACAUCUCAAGAAAAGCAAUUCUUCAGGAAAAAAUAAUCACAGAUACUAUGCAAUAUUCAUUCAAAUAACGCUCCCACAUUCUAUCCCAUAUCUGUAUUGCCCAUAUACUAUAACAUUUAUAGUGGUUUGUAAAAAUUUUGUAAACAAUAUUCCGCGAGAGCAAAACAAACAUGGCGGACACUGGCUCAGGAAUGAAUGGUGUUGUUCUUGUAGGGCCAGGAGACCUUAAUAACCAGGAAAAUAUUAUUAGUUCAAAUGAGAAUAUCGAUCAAAAUGACGAAGUCAACGGCGACGACCUUCUUCAGCUUGCUUUGGACGAGGCAUCUGGUGGUCUAACGACAAAUACUAUAGCUUACAGUGUGUCAAAUGAACUGGUUGAAGCAGUGGCAAAUGAAACAUUUCAAGGAACAAUAACGGGUGGUGAUAAUUCUGAACUCGCUUUUGAAAAUGCCACUUAUAUUGUAAGUGGUGAUUCUGUUAAUUUUAACGCUGAAGGAACACAGUUCCAGCUUGAGACCAAUGAACCUGGAAACAAUGAUUCAGGAAAUAUUGGUGUGUCUGUUGCUUCUGGUUCAGAUAAUCAUACUAGUUCAGUAAUUGGAACUACAAGUAGUGGAUUGACUGUUACCCUUGUUCCUGCAAAUGAAGGUAGUGGGGCACCGUUAGGUUCAAGUCAAAAUCCGAUUCGCAUUAUACAACAAGGUAAUCAAUAUACACCUGUACAACAGUUAACUACUGAACAGUUGCAACAGAUAAUGCAAGUUGUCCAACAACAGCAGGUAGCAAAAAGUGCAUCAGAGGGUGGUGGUUCAAGUGUUCUCUAUAAUCCACAAACUAAUACAAAAAUAGUAUAUCGGGUCAUUUAUCCAUCAGAACUUCAUAAAACUGCUUCUGGCUCUCAGAAUUCUCAGGGACAGCAAACGAUCAUACAGUUAAACCAGCAACAAAAAAGGCAAUACAAAAAGAGAAUAAAGGAAGAAGAAGAAAGAGUUGAUGGUCCUGAUUUGACACGAGAGGAAAAGGAAGCUAGGAAAAAACACCGGCCUCGUACUCGAUCUGGUCGGGUUUCAAAGCCACCAAAACACAUGAUGAAAGAUUAUAAACAUAUUCAUGUUGUGGAUUGGGAUGAAGACUAUGACGAUUCAGAUGGUGGGUAUUCUGACUUCAAAUAUAGUGAAGAUGAAAAAGAAGAAGAAAAGGAAAGUGAAGCUGAUUUUAUGUUUGAUACAGGUCAAAUGAAGCCAAAGAAUUGGAAGUGUAACACAUGCCAUAAAUCUUACAUAGGGAGAGGAGGCCUUGGGAGGCAUUAUCGCUUAAAUCCAUCACAUGGAAAUGUUGAUGAUUUACCUCAAGAAGAAUCAGAUUCCAGUAAUUUAAGUAGGCCCACAGCAAAUGGUAUGGCAUAUACAGGCAGUAUAUCAGAAGAUAGCAAUACUCAAGACUCCAUUCCAGGUGCGUCUGUUUGGUAUCCUACACCUGGACGACCAAGAAAGAAAGGUCAGAGAGGGAGACCACCUAUGUAUGAACAAACUCCAGCUCGGAAAAGACAUAAACUUAGAGAGUUUAUUAAACAAUAUGACACAGAGGAUUUAAUGGACAUUGUUCUACCAAGACUAGCCAAAGUUGUAACAUUGUGGGAAUUUCUCAUGAUGAAGGUAGAAUCCACCAAUACCAAUAAACCAAACAUACAAAGUGUAUAUCAGGAAUUUGAAUUGCUGACAGAAAAAGUGAACGAUUUAUUUAAAACCUGCUUAAAACUUUCAGACGGCAAGUCAGAUGAAAGUUUAGAUAAUAGAAUUAAGAUGUCAAAUAGUAGAUUAACAGAAGCUAUUGGAUUUGAAACAGGAACAUAUGAAGUGAAUACGGCUGUUCUUCAGUCUACAUUUGUGGAGAAUGAUCUGAACAAUACAGAGAAAAUUGAAACUGUAAAGCAGUUUAACACUGUUAGGCAUAAAAGACCACAUACAAUAGAAGUGAUGAUGGGUCCAUCCACAGAAUCUCCCACCAAAAGAUUUAAAUCUAUUUUACCUAAUGAUAAAAAGAGUAAUGUUGUAGUGUCUACUCAAGGAAACAUUGUGUUAAUGGGAACACCACAAACAACUAAUUCUACAUCUCCUAAAAUAGUUCUAGUAAAUAAUGCACAAACUUCACAAACAAGUUCUAAUCCAUUAAUAGUCAUGAAUAAAAAUCAAUCCAAUUGUUCGGCUGCAGUUUUAGAAUGUGUGCAGUCUUCACAGUCUAAUGUUAUAUCAUCACACACAUCAACACUACCUUCUGUCAGUAAACAAAGUCAAUUUGUCAGUAAUCAAGUUUCACCUACAAAGAGUGUUUUGUUAAAUAGUAAAUCAUUACCUCAGAAAAGACCUUCACAGACUUCAACAUCCAAACCUAGCACAGUGGUACAAUCUAAUAUCUCCUCAGGAAUCACAAUAGUUCCAGUGAAUAAUUCUACUGGAUUUAAUUCUGUAGGAAAGAUAAGUUCUGUGUACAAUACAUCCUUAUUAAGUCAUAACCAGGUACCAAAACAGACUGAAAUUAUCUCUAAUUCUGUAGCAACUAGUUUAUUGUCAUCUGUGGUGUCAAAAGCUGGAGUCAUCAUUGGGGAAAAUAACAUAAAUAACAUAGGAGAAACAGACAUGGAUUCAGACUCUUUACAGAUUAAACCUGAAGUUACUGAAAGCAAUGAAGGCAAUAUGUUGGUUAUUACAAAUUAUAACGAUGUUGAACCAAAUGAUUCUUUAGAACCAACGACUUUAGGCAAUUCUAAUGUUACUUUAGAGAAUACCAUAAUAAAUUCUUCUGGUGGUUUAGAAAACCCUGAUUCUGGAGAACAGACUAUAGGAGAAACAUUAAUAGAAACAAAUCACAUGGAGUCAACUGAAAUGAUUCAGUUAGUAAACGAUCAGUUAAAUACUGAAGAUGUUUCUUUAAAUAAUGUCAUCACAGCAUCAAACAUUUAUCAGACACCAGAGGGCAUCAUAAUUAUCCAGAAUCAGGACGGUAGUACUGUACAAUUACAGGGCAGUGAUGGGGAACCAAUUCCCUUAGAAACAGUUCAGGCAUUAUUAGAAGGACAAUAUCUGCAGACAACAGAAGGGAGUGUUCUCUUAAAUCAAUAAUUUGAAAGCAAAUACAUGUACAUUAAAUCAUAACUGUGCAUUUAGCACAUUAGUGUCAUAUUUAUUAUUUAAAAUAUUUAAAUUGUGUAAAAAUGAUUUUAUAGAAAGCACAAUAAAGAAAGAUGCAUCAUUUUGCUGUAUAAAAUCUUGGAUUAUAGGGUCGUUAUGCAAACUGAAAUUUAUUAUCCAAGCAGAUGUUGUGAACAAUAUGUUUGUACUUAGUAUUUUAACAUUCAAAUUAUACGAAAGCCUCAUAAAUGUUUUUUAUUAUUAUGUCUUGUGAUGGUUUGAUGUGAAGUCUGUUGGAGAGAUCUGUUAAGUGCAGUUAGUUCAGACAGAUUAUAGAUUUUUGUCUUGCCUCGAAGAAGUCGAAAAAAAUCAGGACUAAGGUGUGCUGUUUCUGGCAGUGAUGUCGUCAACAAUGUAUUAGUUUGUGAUCAGGUCAGUUUUAUGGCAACCACUAGUGGUAGGUAAAUGAUGUUUGGUAUACAGUUGUAUUAGCAUUGGCACAUUUCAAAUCCAAUGAUAAUUUUGCCCCUCCCCUACAGUCAUGGCCUAUUGACUUUGAAAUUUUUGCUUCAUUUACAUGUUGGAAGUUUUAUAAUUAGGACAGUUUAAAGGGAACCUAUAGUGAUAGAUCUAUGAUAUUUAGUAUGUAGUUGUAAUAGCAUUGGCACAUCUCAUUUCCAUGGAUAUUAUUUGGUCCUAUCCCGUCAGUUAUUGUCUAUUGAAAUUGAAACUUUUACUUAGUUUUCAUGUUAUAGUUUGUGAUUGGUAUGAAAAUAAGGAGGUGUGGUAUGAUUGCCAAUGAGACAACUAUCCACCAAAGUUCAAAUGAAGUGGAUGUAAGCAAUUAUAGGCAACCGUACGAUACAACCUUGAACAAUGAGGAAAAAAAAACCUUACUGUAUAGUUUGUUUUAAAAGGCCCAGAUAUGAAAAAUAUAUGUCAGUUUAAAGUAAACCUCUAAGCAUAAGUCAAUGAUAUUUGGUAUGCAGUUGUAUUAGCAUUGAUAUUCUUCAUUUCUAAUGAGGUUAUUUGGAAUUGCAACAUUAAGUCAUGGCUCAUGGACUUUGAAUGUUUUGCAUAUUUUACAUGUUAAAUUAUUCAUGUUUCAAUUUCAACAUUUGCAUUCUAUGAUAUACUAAGUUCAGUUCAGCAUUAAUCCAAGUAAAACAAUCCCAUAUGAAAGUUAUCCUGUAUCACUUACAUUUGUUACAUUGUUUUCAAUUUGUAACAUAACUAAAUUGUCAAUUUUAAUCCACUAUUUUACACUUACACUUUGACAAUAAAUUGGCUUCUUUUUGACAGUGUCAAAAUGUGGUCAGGUAAAUAAAUUUCGAUUUAUAAAAUUUUUGGGAUCUGCCUACUGUUGCAAAAGUCAGUCACAUGAUCAAUAUAUGGAUAAUUUAUAUAUAAUUCUCAAUGUUUAUUAUUAAGCAAAGCUAUGAAUAAAAUUAAAAUUCAGAAGAUAUUGAUAGGAAGCAUUUUUCAAUACUUUAUGAAAGCUAUAGAUAGUCUCAAUAAUGACAGGAGAUGUAACCAAGUAUAUAUCAAUGUUUUGGGGACUUGGUUCAGUGUACUAAAGUUUGUGGUUCUAUGGGGUUUUUUUUGCAGCAAAGUAUCACAAUUAGUUAAAAAGAAAUUUUACGUAAAAUUGUCUAUCCGUCCACUUAGCUUGUUAAGUUUCUUAUGAUUGUCAAUUGCAAUAAGUAAGUAUAUUUUUUCCUUUGUAUGUGACCUGUAAAAUUUAAUUUUAGUGUUGGUAUUUAAAUGACAUGGAACAGUGAUAGAAGGUACAAAUAGAUGUCAGAACAUCUGAUAAGUAUGUUAUUUUAUGCAAUAUUAUUUAUAAUACUUUAGAAUUGUAAGCUAAAAGUGUAAAGGAGGUAUGAUAACAACUAUUAUUUGUCUUCAGAAAUUUUAGAAACAUAGUAAGAGUCUUCAUUCCUUUAAAAAGUAUGUAGGCACAGACCAUUUUCAUGAGGGGGUUCUUGUCUUAAAUAAAAGAAAAGAAUAUUGCUUAUCUAUUUCAAACAGGAACAAGAUUUUUUUUUUAAAUGAUGUUGUUUUUAUUUUUUCUUACCAAAUUUCAAUAUCAACAAAAAAAUAUUUUCAAGAAAUUUAGUAUCAAACCACAAUUUUUCUAGACUGAUCACAAAAGUGGUGAAAUGUCAAGUAUUAUGUGGUUUUCUUCACAAAUAUCGCACAUAUUUUCCAAAGAUGGUUAUUUUACAAUAUAGUGAAGUAAAAUAAGUAAUUACAUCAGAUUUUGCAGGUUUUCAUUAGAUGCAAGAAGUUUUAAGACAUAAAGCAAACAUACUAGAAAAUAUCUUAUACAGUAUUACUGACAGUAAUGUCUUGAAUAUCUGAAGAAUGUAUUGUAAAACAUUUAUAAAACAAUGUACCUAUACUUUAUGAUUUUGCUAUCAAAUACCAAAAGAGAGGCCUUUUAUCAUACCUUAUUAUUUGUAUCAUAUGACCACAAGCGAUAAGAUAAUAUGGAAAUCUUAUUCAUGUCUAUAUGGUUGUCCGUUUUUUUCUUCAAUUGUCCAUCAGUUUGUGAGAUUGGUUAAUCCACAUCUUUUUAUAUAACACUGAACUGAUCUAUACUCAAUUAAAAAAUCUAUAAAUUGUGUUUCUGUAUUUUAUGUUUGCAUUUUGGAUUUCAAAGUUGAGAUUUAAGUAGGAUCAGAUUGAGGGAUUCCUCUGACGUCAGUGAGAUGUGUGUCCUAUACUUUUAAAUUGGAAUGUUUAUUCCUAUGGAAUAUUUAUUUUAUUCAAAAUGGGAAUGUGAAGACGGUCAGAAAGCAGUAGAAAAUAAAUAUCAGUUAUUUAAUAAAAAAUUCCAAUGUGGUAUAGUUAGAGGUAGAAAAUGUCAUAAGAAAAGAAAAUUACCUGCUAACAAUAGAUUAUGAGUUAAAUAGACAAUGAAGAAACAAUAUUUAUUUUAGUGACUUUUUAAUGUAAUUUGUACUAUUAUAUAAUAUCUAAUAUAGAGUAGAAACCCGAAAAAUAGUACAUAAUUAUUGAAUGAAAAAAAAACUGAUUAUGACAUUAAUUCCUGAUAUUUAUGUUUGUUGAUGUUUCUCCUAGUGCUACAAAGUAGAAUUGUGAAGAACAUUAAAUGUUUAUGUUAUUUCAAUCAUUUUGUAUCUACAUUGUGUAUGCUAUGUGAACAUUAGACCCUUAUAUGUUACAUAUACAAUAUGCACUGAUAUAGAUAUUCAUUGUUUUGUUCAAGUGCAGCUAUCAGUUCUAUUAAAGGUAUAAUUCAUACUUAUUUCAUUAAAUACUUUUAACAG